CCCCCCCUGCAGACGGCGUUCCCGCUGAUCGACAGCAUCGACCCGCACGGCUUCGUGUCCUACCGGCUCUUCCGCGACGCCACGCGCUACAUGGACGGCCACCACGUCAAGGACAUCUCGUGCCUGAACCGCGACCCGGCGCGCGUGGUGGUGGUGGAUUGGCGCCGCGACGCGUUCCGGCUGCAGCCGCACAACGGGCUGGCGCUACCGCGCUGGGACGGCGGCUCCGAGGACAGGGCGCUCUUCGACCUGGCUGCCUUCCUCAAGAGUGGGUGAAACCUCCCAAAAUGUCCUGAAAUGGCCCAAAAAUGUCCUGAAACGCCCCCAAAACCCAGCCCAGACCCAGCCAGAAUUCACCAAACCCACCCAGAAUUCACCAAACCCACCCAAACCCCGGCGGCUCCGAGGACAGGGCGCUCUUCGACCUGGCUGCCUUCCUCAAGAGUGGGUGAAACCUCCCAAAACGGCCCAAAAAUGUCCUGAA